AAAAUUGGGAUUUGGGAUGAAUUGAAGUGGAAUAGGAUAGGAAUUCAUAUAUCAAUUCAAUCCAAGACCAAACAACAAAGCUACUAACCUCUAUAUAAAGAUCCAUAGAAAUCCCUUUGAUCUGCUUUCAAAUAUCACUAACUUAAUUUCCAUGGAUUCAGCUAUGAAAUCGGUCAUGGAAUUCCUCCAAAACCCGCCUCCGCCUUCCGCCAUGUUCAACGCUUACGCUUCCUUAUCCGGGUCACUCAUGAUUCUCCGAUCAACACCCAACCCCAUUCCCCCACCCAUCCGAAGCUUCCUCUGGUCCAAAAUAAAACAAUACUUCAUCCGCUACCGCGGCCGAUCCAUUACCGUCAUCACCAUCGAAGAGUCCUGGGGUGCCGAGCGCAACCUCCUCUACUCCGCCGCCAGAGUUUACUUACCGACCAAGAUUUCUCGGGCAGGCUUAAAUCGUGUUAAAAUGGGGAAAAUAAGCUCCCAGAAGAACAUCUCCGUCGCCUUACCUGAAGACGAAGAGAUCGUCGACACCUUCAAUGAUGUCAAAGUUACUUGGCGUUCUGUCUGUGUACAAACUGAUGGACAAACCAGAAACAGAACUUAUAAUAGUGACAACGGCUCGUUUUCUUAUUCUUCAGAGAAGAGGUAUUUGGAGUUAUCUUUUGAUUCCGAACACAGAGAACAAAUCGCCUCUGCUUAUUUACAACAUGUCAUGACCACAGCGGCGAAAUUGGAGCAAGGAGAUAAGGAGUUGAAGAUUUUUAGUUGCAAUAACAGUGAUUCACUUUAUGGGGGGAGGUCCAAAGGCAACUCCACUUAUUUGCAACAUCCUGCUUCCUUUGACACCAUCGCCAUGGACCCUGCCCUGAAACAGAGCAUCAUCGACGAUUUGGAUCGGUUCUUGGCAAGGAGAGACUAUUACAAGAGGAUUGGAAAGGCUUGGAAGAGAGGGUAUUUGUUAUAUGGUCCUCCAGGAACAGGCAAAUCAAGCCUGGUUGUGGCCAUGGCUAAGUACCUCAAAUAUGAUGUGUAUGAAUUGGAGCUUAGCAAUAUUUAUAGCAAUUCACAGCUGAGGAAUAUUUUCCUAAACAUAUCUAACAAAUCUAUCAUCGUGAUUGAAGAUGUCGACUGUUAUGAAGAGGUCCACGCCCGAUCCCACACAAUAGUAGAUGCCAACCUUCCUCAACUGGCUGCCAACCUUCCUCAAUUGGGUGCCCAAAAAAAUAAGCGUGAAUCAUCUACACUUUCGGGUCUACUGAAUGCCAUAGACGGGCUGUGGUCUGGCUGCGGGGAGGAGAGGAUCAUCAUAUUCACCACUAACCACAAGGACAAGAUUGAUCCUGCUUUGCUUCGUCCUGGCCGGAUGGAUAUGCAUAUUGAGUUGUCCUACCUACAGCCGUCGGCUUUUUCGGUGCUGGCCUACAACUACCUCGGUCUCCGUGACGGCCAGCACCCUCUUCUUGAAGAAAUCCAGAACUUGUUGGAGUACACAGAGGUGACUCCUGCUUCUGUUGCGGAAGAAUUGUUGAGGAGCGACGAUGUCAGUGUCGCCCUUGGAGGAGUUGUUGAAUUACUUAAGCGGAAGAGGACGGCGGAGGUCAACGACGGUGAAGACGAAGGUGCAGCAAAGAGGCGAAAAUUAUCUGACUCUUGAAAUAUUUCUCUGAUUUUGGGUUCUGUAUGGUCAUUUGAUGCUUUUGGGGAUUGUUAAUUUUGGGCUCUGGGCGCUUUAGGGUUAUUUGACAUAAUAAUUUGGCAUUAGUGUU